AUGGAUACACAACAGCAGCAGCAACAUGAGCACCAUGCUCCCGAGGUAGUCCACCCGGAUUACCCAGAGGCCGUUGCGCCGCAGCAGUACCAGCAGCAAUACCAACAGCAACAGCCACAAUUUCAGUACAACCAGCCCCAACAAUACCAACAAUACCAGCAGUUCCCACCAAACGCGGCAUACAAACCCGAGGACGCCCAAGGCGCAUAUCCAUCAACCGCCUACAGCGGGAGCCAGCUCGACCCAACAUCACCAAGACCACAAAACGCCGUCCCAGGCGCCGGUGCGCAGGCACCAGGCGGCGAGAAGAAGAAGAGUACGAUAUGUGGCUGCACGAGCAUCGUGUUUGUGCUGUGCGCCAUCAUCGCCCUGCUUUCUGCUGCGGUCAUUGGGCUUGCUGCGGGCACGGGCGUGGAGGCGAGCAGGGCAAACUCAGCUGAGAACAGGGCAGCCGAGCUGAGCUCGUCGCUCGCCUCUGCCACCGAGGCCGCCACGGCCACGGGCACAGCGGGCUCGUCGUCAGCGACGAGCACAUCGUUCGCCGCGCUGGACAGGAACUGCUCGGCGGACCCGACCGCGGUGACUGGGACGACGUACGACGCCUUCUCAUUAUACGGGAACUACUCCUUCACGAUCCAGUGCAACAAGGACACCAAGGGCGGGCCGUUGAUGGCGCUCUUUGCCGCCGACUUCGACACAUGUAUGGACCACUGCGCCUCCUACAGCAACUACCUGCCCAAGAUGUUCGGCAGCAACAACACCAACACAACCUGCGGCGGCGUCAGCUUCAUCCCGCUGUGGACGACAAAGCCCGCGGCCCUCAAGGGCGGCGCCCCGGGCAACUGUUACCUCAAGCCCAAACAGACUGGUGACUUGGACGAUCCCAAUAUCGGCACCGAGUGUCACGCUGCUGUCCUGAACUGA